AUCCUACAUACUGCCCGCAACUGCAAGCGAACGAAGCGACGGACGAGAGUACGAGACGAGGCACGGAACGGAGCGAGCCAGACUACCCACCUAGGCCCAGCGGCAUGAGGGGCAGCGAGAUGUUGACCGCCGCGGGGGGCGCCGGCACGGCCCCGUCCACGGUCUCCUCGGGGGCGGCCGCGGCCGCGGACCUGGUUGCUGGAGCCGGGGGCACGGGCGCUAUCGGCGCGGGCGGAGGAGGCGGCAACUUCCCCCUCGCCGUCGCCCUCCUCGCCUUCGCCUUCGCAAACUUCGUUAACCUCGUCUCCAUCUGGUUAAAAGAGAAGAGGUGGGAUGCAAGGAAAUUUCUUACUUCAGCUGGAGUCAUGUCAUCUCUUUCUGCAACUGUGGGGAGCUUGGCCGUUGCUGUGGGUCAACAAGAAGGCGCAGAUAGCUCUGCAUUUGCCCUUGCAUUGAUUUUUGCUGCCGUUGUAAUGUAUGAUGCAUCAGGAAUUAGAUGGCACACAGGUCGCCAAGCUGCGUUGUUGAAUCAAAUAGUCUGUGAUUUCCCACCAGAACAUCCAAUCAUUUCAACCUUUCGGCCACUACGGGAACCUCUUGGACACAGCCCACUUCAGGUAGCUCUACUACAUACUUCUAUCUUCUAUUCAUGGAUGCAAGUUUUUGCAGGAGCACUUGUUGGUUGUGCAGCUGCUUAUUUCAUGGGAAAAUCUGUAUAAGGAAUAGGAAUGUAUAGGGUUUGGCUUGUACACGAAUUCCAUUGACUUAUUUUUGUAAAAAAAUAUCAUUGAUCAACCGCUUCAUUUUCCUCUAUCUGCACUUCAGAGUGAACCGCACGGGGCAUUAUCUAGAAAAUGGUUAGUAUAUUCUGUUUGCUGACACAGAAACAGAUUAGGUUGUGCAGCACAGCAGCAGUAUUCUUCCACUGGUAAUUGAUUUUUUUUUGUUUC